UCUGACUUGGCGAACUUUGGACAAACAGUUAAUAUCCGUGGUUUGAUGGAGAGAACGGACCAAGACUUUGUAGACGGACUCGCACUAGAUUUGUUUUCACCGUCUAGUCGCACGCUCGUCGUGAAUCAAAAUACAUCACCUCUCCCUGGAAGCUUCGUGAGCGGUAGUUCUGGCGCUCCCUUCGUCGCGCUUUCGAAUUACUCAUGGGUAAUCAAGCUGAACGAGACUGCGAACGAUCUCAUCGCCAAAGUCGAGCUUCCUUACGACCCUAUCGCGCUUCAAAGAAUCGGUAUAGACCAAGGCAACACAUAUGUCGGAAUGCUGGCAGCAGAUAAGAAGUCUGAAAACAAAACACGAAUAGUUAAAAUGACUUCACUUGACGGAGAGUACAUGCUUCUUGGCCGGCAAACGGAGGAUAUCUCCAAUGUAUUCGUGCAGUACGGCCAAGGGGCCACUCGAGCAGUGAACUUAACGGGAGGCACAGGCAAUCAAGAGGCUGAAUUUAUCGACGGCCUACGUUUAUCUGUCGAGUCUGAUCAAGCGUUUACCUUGAACAUUGACAUCAAAAACGGGAUUCCACCACACAUAUUGUCCACCAAUGUUUCAGCUCUCAAUUCGUUUUCCUGGAUUAUAAAUACUAGUAUACCCACACAGGAACUCAAGAAUGCUGAGCUACGGGUUCCAUCGGCUAAGACGAUUAACGCCACAAAUGCUGAGAAGCGGCUUGCAGUGGCGAAACGAUCCCUCAAUGCAACCUCCGAAUUGUUCACGCCGCUAUCAUCCGAGUUCCAAGAGAUAGAAGCUUCAGAAGACCGCAUUAAGGUAUCUGGUCUCAAGCAAUUAGAUGGACAGUACAUUUUACUU